UGUCCGCCCUCACGGCGAAGGCGGACCCCGAAACGCGCCUUCCCGGCCGCAGCGGCCCCGCUGCCCUUCGGGCUGGAAGCCCCGAACUUUGAGGCGCUGCUACCGCCACCUGCCCCGGCCCCACGGAGCUACACCGCUCCUGGAAUGCCUCAGAAAAGCCCGGGGGUUGUUCUGAAGGGCGAAUUUCACCCAAAAAUGAGGCAGUCCUGCAUGAAGCCAUAGCCUAAUUUCCCUGGCACACAAAGGAAGACAGAGGCAAGAAAGGAACAACAACAUCAAGAGGGAAAUCGUCCUCAUAAAUACCUGAAGUCAGAGAGGCUCCAAACCCAGAUCCUGAGGCCUAUUGCAAAAGCUGACACAGAUCCCAUUGAGCUUAUGCUACAAUGACAACUAGAAUAUGGAAAGAAAACACCUGAAGAAAAAGAUUGAAAAUCUUCUGGGAGAUUACAUUGGCAUCAGACUACGAGAAGAAGAAUUUGAUCCAAGAGGACAAAGGCCACCCACCUUUCUAGAUGACAUGGUCCAUUACAACUUAGCCCUCAGUGUUGCUUUACUGUGGCUUAGUGACUUGGAUGCUCCGAUUGCACUGACAAGAGAGAAAAUGAGCUUUGCAGCUCGCAACAAAUACACAUAUCCCAACCGAACUGAGAGAGAAGCUAUGAUAUUAUCUUCAUACGCUGGAAUAUUAAUGAACAGCAUUCCUGUAGAAGAGAUCUUUGAGAUUUACAGCAUGAGGCCCUCAGCAACACACUGGCAGAGGUCUGCAAAUGACCACUGGAUUCAACCUUUCAGGUUCUCCCUGCAUCCAUUUGCCAUGCUGACUGCCCCUGAAGCUGCAGAGUAUGCCUGGAAGCAAAGCAUCAAGUACCAGACAGCAACAGCACAUCAAAAGCAAGGACCUUGUUCAGCAAGGAGAGCUAAAAAGGACCACAAGCAACUAGACCCACUGACCAGAGGAAAGCAACACAUUGACAAAGGAGCUACAGAAGCAAAACAAGGAAUCUCUCCAAGGAAGCCUGGAACAGAUUCAAAAGUGAGGAAUGCAAAGGAAGCAAAGACAUAACAAAAAACCUAAACUUCACGUACCUCACUUAGUUGUAGGUGAGCUAACUGAUGUCUUCUAUCUUAGCUUUGGUAAUACAUUUGCAACUUCUGUUUUGGUUGAUUGUUUUUUUUGUUUGUUUGUUUUUAAAUCUUAGCAGUCAUUCCUUCCUUCCUUCCCACCCAUCAUAUCUUACAUCCAAGACAUUCACUCCUCUUCCCUUAGCCAAUUCUCUCCUGCUCCCCUGCCAGUGUGUUGGGAGCUUACAUUUUCCCAGUGCUUCCCUACUGAUUCUCAAUGCACCAUGCUACUUUUACAGAGGCAAAGAGAGGAUGCAGCACUUCAGGGGCAGAGAAUACAUACUUCCCCUUUUCCACAGUGCUUUGCAACUCCCACACAUGAUCCAGUGUUGGGCAGGAAUGAGCGUCCCUGCACGUGACAUGUGGGUUUUGCCUCUCAGGAUGAUCACAAUUUCUUCAGCUCUCCCCUCUAACCAUCCUGCUUUCUUAUUUUAGCAAAGGGAUCAAAAAGCCUCUCCCUGCAGUGCCAGUGUGGCACUGAAGUCUGUCUUCCAAUCCCCAUUUGUAGGUCUCUGAUGAUUUGCCUCUGUUAUGUCCAUGCUGUGUUGCCAAAGAACACUCCCCAUUUCCUAGAUGAGCUGUCAACUUUCAUCCUUGUACUGACUCUACCUUGGAAUAUAAGCUGGAUGUGGUUCUCCUUCCACAUCCCUCUCUUCCUCUGUCACGAAGCUUGAGCACACAAUAUGGAGUGUUUGUAUUAGACUCCUUCUACCUAAUUCCAUAGAAAUUUCAGGGCUCAGUGGGAUUGAAGUAUUUCCUGCUGAGAGGUGUGUUUAACAUUAAUUGCAGGGUAGAGAGACUUCAUUAGGGCUCUUUACAUAUAAAAAUGAAGAUUCCCAGAUACUUGUAGCCAGGGGAUAAACAGUUAUCCAAAGUGGGGUCACAUAUUGUACAGCUGCAUUAACCCAUCUCUUGGAGAUGGUCCUGUACUCUAACACAAAGUAUCUGCUAAAGGAAAAACCAAUAAACAUUUGUGAAGCAAAAA